AUGUGUAGGUUUCUGAUCUUCAAGGGUAAGGAACCUAUUUUAUUGUCGCAUUUAUUGACGCGACCUGCGCAUUCCAUCAUCAAUCAGUCGUUUGAUAGCCGGUUGCGCCUUGACAGAAGACGUCCUAUCAAUGGUGACGGGUUUGGUGUCGCAUAUUAUCCAACUGAUGUUAAGCUGGGUGAAGACGGACCAUGUCUUUACAAAGCUAUAACACCGGCGUGGAACAACCAGAACUUGAGUACUCUGGCCGAGAAAACCAAGUCGAACCUGAUAUUUGCGCAUGUCCGGGCGUCCACUUAUGGAGUGCUUUCCGAGACCAACUGCCACCCAUUUACGUACCACUCUCUGUGCUUUAUGCACAACGGCGGGAUCUCCAACUUCAAGAAGAUCAAGAGGUUGCUUUUCAACCACAUAGACGACGAAUUUUUGAACUUUCUGCAGGGCGGGACCGAUUCCGAGUGUGCUUUCGCCCUGUUCCUGGAUACGUUGGCCAAGGAGGGCUGCGACGUCAAGAGCAAAGAGGGCCAAUUCAGCCACCAGGCGCUGAGAACCGCGCUCAUAAAGACGAUAGGAUACAUCAGAGACUGGACCAAGGAGGCGAACAGGAACGCAGAGCAUGCGGAGCCGUCGCUGAUGAACUUCGCCGUCACCGACGGCUCCACUGUGGUGGUGUCGCGCUAUAUCACUUCCAAGACCGACGAGGCGGCCUCGCUCCAUUUCAGCUGCGGGUCGCGCUUUGUGGAGAGCUCUCCAGGCGAGUACAGAAUGGAGCGUCUCAACAGAAGCCAGGAUGUGAUUAUGGUAGCCUCCGAGCCCCUCACGUUCGAGAGGGGCGACUGGACCGCCGUGCCGACAAACAGCGUUAUCACCAUCAAGAAGCAGACAGUUCUGAUCCAUCCGAUCCUUGACGAGUACUUCCAGACCGACCCGCUCUACCCGAGAAGUUCCAAGCUCGCCGAGAGCAAGGGCCUCAUGGGGUCCGUUCCGCUCGCCAAAGCGGUCGAGAGAGACGUGCCGCCACUGGAGAGAGAAUGUCGGUCGAGGCCUCUCUCCACAACGGCACGUCUAUCCUGA